GGCCUACGUGUUUGCAUCCAAUGUCAGAGGGAAUUUAACUCGUGGCCUGAAAAGGCAUUAUGGAAUGCAGCUGAACUAGAAAAACAGGCCUCCAAUGGAAAAAGAAACUGUUUGGAAAACAAAGUAAUAAAUAGCGUCGUGCCGAUUAGAGGCAGUUUGAAGUGGUAACGAUUUAGUUUUGAUCUUACCGUAACGGUCACUUAAAGCCACGUCUACACAAUUGGCAUUUUGUUUUGGAAAAGACACACAGAUCAACAGCUAAAUAAAAUGACGUGGCCCGCGGUUUAUGGGGUCGACGCCACGGGAAGCAAACAAAGAUUGCGCAAUAACGUUAGGCUCCACAAAAUGUUCAGGUUAAGAAUAGGCCUACAUCGCAGGAAGAAUUAAAUGACACACACUAUCCCCAGUUUCCCAGUCUUCGUUUUCCCUUAGUGAAUUGGAUAAAUUACUUCCUUCUUGGGUGUUGCGUAUCCGUGGCUUGUCAACACCAAAAUCUAUUCGAACCACGUCCUUGAAUAGACAGCCACAGAUGCAAGGAAGACGCAGGACCACGGAUCUCUUUCAGUGUCCUGAGGAAAAAUAUCUGCGUUCUUUUAACGUUGUUUUAUAUGACCUUAUAUGGCAGUGGGGUGCAGCUUGCGAGCUCGCGUGGCAACUGUCUGUCGUUGCUGCCAAAACCAGUUUGGACCGGUCAGCCGCCCGCAGCUGCCUCAAGUCGACGAGACGGAGUAUGCCUAAUGUUGCCUUUCUACACAGAUAUCGAAAUGAUUUCUUUCUCUGUUUUUCUAGUUUAGAAGUCUAUCCCAUACAUGAGUUAUAAAAUGGAAGCUAUGUUUUUCUCUACGAUCCUACGAACUGAGUGGCUCGUAGGACACAUUACUGUCCUGGAAAGAUCGAGCCUCACCCAGUGAUGGCGCAGGAACUUUUCCAGCACAGUGUUCUCCUUUGUGUGAAGGAGCCAUUUUGAAACGCAGAGAACACACUGAACAAAUGUAGACUAAAGGGUUUCUGUGGACAAAGGAAGCCAUGCAGUGAAAUAUACAAGAUGUUUCACAUCCCAUAAGGGUUUAGCUCGAAUAAGAUUCUCUUCUGGAUUACAUGUUUUGAAAACCUAACUGAGAUGAAUUCCCACCAUUUCCUAAUGCCAUUACUAGAGGAUCCGAAGAUGGAAUUGAGAGCAUUUCUUCUGACCCUGUACUUAGGCCUGUUAACUGCUUUUCCCCAAAAUGAAAAGGAUUCCUGAGCCUUGCCUCUAAUAGCUGAAUGCUGAGAUGGUGCUUCAUUCUGAUUGGCCGUCGGAGCUUCCACUGUUAACCAGCCAAUUGCCCAAGCACUGCAAAAUAUCAAGCAAUGACAAACAACCCCCCAUUCUGGGAAUAUCCUUGCGUCCAAAUCCAAAGUGGUUAACCUGCCAUAAUUUCACGUUUCCGUGGUGAAUUGUAAAAUGGGAUAGAAUAGAUUGGAUCUUUGACAUUUGAUUAUAUUUAGAAGGGUCGACUAAACCUUUUACAAAAAAGCUAAUAUUUAAAGAUAGGCGAUUUGAUUGUGGCUCUUUCGCAAAAUCGUAUUUACACGUAAUCACUUAGCAUUUAGAGAAAAAAUAAUUAGGCAGUAUUCCCAAGGCUCAGGUAUUCCGUUCAGUGCCAUGCUCCUCGAGUCAAUGCAUCCCCCCAAAUAGAAGGGCGACUAUGUCAACUUUAAUGUAAAAGCUUGUAAAUAUGAAAUAAUGCGGGGGUUAUACCGUGUUCUCGGGCAUAAUACUUGUGUUAGCCUACUAUAAAACAGGUUUACUAAAUAUUGCCCCCUGUAUCUAGCUUGUUUGCCAUUUGAGUAAAUGCAAUCGGCAGAUUCAACACCAACAAUCAAUUUGAGAUUUGAGGCCCAAAAAAUAUAUUAAGUCGGCAUACAUGUUGGAUUUAUGCGUGAAUAUAAAAUGUCUAAACCAAUAUUACACAUCGACUUCCUUGGAUGCUAUGGCAACCAUAAAUAACGGAUAGAAAUUAGGCUAAGUUUUUUGACGAAAGUGUGGCUAAUACAGGAGGUGGGCAAGCUCAGCGGUGUAUUGUGGGAGAGACAGAAGCUACCGACUAGAGGCACAAUAUGUGUUGGCUCUCGCCUAAAAGGAGCCAGUAUUCCUCAAGCUAAAUCAUGUAAUGUAAGCCACGAAAGGAAAGCAAUAUUGUUUUUUUACCAAUAGAAAGCAUUUAUUCGGACAAAUCAUGUCCAAGCCAGGGGAAAGAAACAGACUGAACGAGGAUCAUGGUAGAAAGCAGAGUUCAAGUCUGGCGAACGGCAUGGAUCAUCCCGUGUGCAGUUCGGGGGAGAAGCGAAGUCACCAUUGGAGGAGUUACAAGUUGAUUAUUGACCCAGCAUUGAAGAAGGGACAACACAAACUAUAUCGUUACGAUGGACAGACCUUCAACAUGCCCAAUUCUGGGAUGCUGCCACUGGAAUCAGUCCGGGACCCGAGGAUCGGUCGUCUAUGGACGAAAUACAAAGAAACGGACCUCCCGGUCCCAACGUUUAAGAUCGAUGAAUGUUACAUCGGUCGCGUGCCUCCAAAGGAGGUGACAUUUGCGAGGCUGAAUGACAACAUACGGGAGCCGUUUCUCACCGAGAUGUGCAAGAAAUACGGUGACCUCGAAGAAGUAGACAUUUUAUACAAUCCCAAAAAUAAAAAGCAUCUGGGGAUCGCCAAAGUUGUUUUUGAGAACGUGAAAGCAGCCAAGCUGGCUGUUCAGACUCUUCACAACACAUCUGUCAUGGGCAACAUUAUCCACGUGGAGCUAGACCCGAAAGGUGAAAAUCGUCUUCGGUAUUUCCAGCUCCUACUGAACGGCAGCUACACGCCCUUGACACUACCUGUUGGUGUGGAGGAUGGCAGCGAUGUCUCCCCUCACAGUCUCGCUGAAGCCCUACUGAACUGUGAACCGAGUCGCCGGCCGUCGGAGAGCGGAGCCUCGGGGACGACGGGGGGAACAGCGGCCGGCAGCGCCGCCGCCGCCAACAGCAGCAGCACGCCGCUCUCCAUGGACACGGCGUACUCCAGCCUGAGGCAGGAGACGCCCCAGUCCCAGGGGACCCCCCACACGCCGCGCCAGUCGGGCACGCCCUUCUCCCAGGACUCCAACUACUCCAGCCGGACGUCCACCCCCGCCUACCAGGCCAGCCGCACGGAGAGCUCCGGCAGGUCGCGCCGCCACGAGAGCAAGUUCCAGGACGCCUACAACCGCCGGCCCGAGAAGCCGCAGUACCGCAGCAACACGUACCGGGUCACCACCCCGUCGUCCUCGGAGCCGGCGUCCUACAAGACGCACCAAGUGACGCCCCCCGAGCCCCCGGCCCCCGCCUCCCCCUUCCCCUACACGCCCCCUCCUCCGCCGGCGGUGGCCAGCUUCAAGUCGUCCUACCCCGCCUACCAGGCGCCGCCGCCGCCCGCCUUCCCGCCCGCCAACGAGUCCUCAUUUCACCACCCGGGCCAGCGGGACGGCGAGUACAUCCGGCCGCCGCAGCCCCCGCCGGUCGCCCCCACCACGCCGUCCACCGACAAGAACCGGCCAGAGACGCCGCCCCCCGUCCCCCCGCCGGAGCCGGGCCCCCCGCCCAGCACGCCGCCGUUGCCGCGGACCCCCGAGCGCCGGCCCUCGCCCGGCAACCCCACGCUGGACGCCGAGCGCAACAGCCUGGACUCCCGCAUCGAGAUGCUCCUGAAGGAGAAGCGGACGAAGCUGCCCUUCCUGGCGGAGCGCGACUCGGACACGGAGGUGCGGAUGGAGGGCAGCCCCAUCUCCUCCUCGUCCUCCCAGCUGUCCCCCGUGCCCCCGUACACGGGCGCGUCGUCGUGUCAGGCCGGCCCGCGGACCUCGCGGCCCCCCAGCACGGGGCUGGAGGACGUCAGCCCCACGCCGCUGCCCGAGUCGGACGACGAGGAGCCCGUCCUCGGCUCCGCCCCCCUGCUCAAGAGGCCGUGCUCUCCGGUCCCGGAGAAGACCAACGACCUGAAGGAGGGCCCCUUUGGGAACCACACCCCCACGGAAAACACAGACCUGGGUAACCACUCCUCGGGGGAGGACAUGGAGAUCUCCGAGGACGAGAUGCCCGGCGGCUCGCCGCUCGACAGCAGCGAGUGCGCGAAGGGCAUCGUGGUGAACUCGGCCGUGUCGCCCAUGCACCCGGGCCACUCCAUGUUCCCCAUUCACCAGUCGGCCUUCGCCCUCCAACACGCCCACCUGGCCCUCCCCGGGGCCCACCCGCACCUGGCCGGGGUCCCGCACCACAUGCUGCCGCACAUGGGCCCCUACCCGCCGGGCAUGAUGCCCCUGAUGCAGAUGGACCUGAUGAACUGCCUGCCGCAGUGGGGCAGCGUGCACAUGUCCUUCCAGAUGCAGACCCAGAUGCUGAGCCGCAUGUCGCAGACGGGCGGCGGGCCCUACCCCUACCCGCACUACAUGGGCGGCGGCGCCUCGGUGCCCUUCGGGGGGCCCUACGCCCCCGUCUCCAUGGGGGCCACGCCGGCGGGGAGCCCCGGGCAGCCCUGGCCCCAGCCCAGCAUCCCCAAGUUCAACCCGGCCGUGCCCCCGCCCGGCUACGAGGACCAGAAGGAGGACCCCCACAAGGCCACGGUGGACGGCGUGCUGCUGGUCAUCGUCAAGGAGCUGAAGGCCAUCAUGAAGAGGGACCUCAACCGCAAGAUGGUGGAGGUGGUGGCGUUCCGGGCCUUCGACGACUGGUGGGACAAGAAGGAGCGCUCGGCCAAGGCGUCCCUGACCCCCGUGAAGGCCGGCGAGGGCAAGGAGGAGGAGAGGCCCAAACCCAAGGAGCCCAUCAGCUCCAGCCUGCUGGAGAACUGGAACAAGGGCGAGGCGUUGAGCUACGAGGGCAUGGGCAUGGGGAUCUGCCUACGGGGGGCCAUCCGCCUGCCCUCCUUCAAGGUGAAGCGGAAGCCCGAUCCCAUCGCUUCAGGGGACAACAAGCGCGUGCGGCCGUCCACCCCUGUGGACGACGAGCUGGAGGAUGAAGACCGGGACAGAGACCCCGCGGAGCUCCCCUCGGAAGACUCCAAGAUGGACGCGGAGGGAAUCGCGGCAAAGCGGCGGCCCUCCAGACCCCUGAAACUGGACAGCGAGGGCGAGGAGCAGGUGGAGACGUCGGAGAAGGAGGAGUCUCUGUCGGACCGGGAGGAGGACUUGGAUGAAGCCAAGGCCACGCAAAGGCUAUCGUCAGACAAGGAGAGUGCCGAGGAGGAGGAGGAGGAGGACGAAGAGGCCGAGUCGUCCAGCGGCAGUGACGGUGACUCCACAGACUCGUCCGACGACGAGGUGGAGAGCUCGGCGUCGUCCAAGGCCAGCUACGACUCGUCGGCGGCCAGCGGCGACUCGUCCGAGUACGAGUCGAGCUCGGGCGAGGAGCAGGAGGCCGAGGAGAAGGAGGAGCUGGUGGCCGACCCCGACGACGGGGACAAGGAGCUCCAGGUGCGGUCGUCGUCGUCGUCCUCUUCCUCCUCCUCGUCUUCCUCCUCCGACGAGGAGGCGGCGGAGGUGGAGGUGGCGUCGGAGGCCCGGCGGCCGCGGACCCCCACGGGCCCCUGUCCCGAGGACGACUCCGGCAACGACGCCAGCCCCGCGGAGGAGCUGAGGAUCAAGUCUAAACGGAGACCCCCCAGCCCCAAGGACGACGGACCCCCCCCUGGGCCGCCCAGCCCGGACCGCCUCAGGCCACCCUCACCCAAACACAUACCAGCAGAGGCGCCCAAUGCGGAGGCCAAAGGCGCCGCUCCGACGCCCAAGUCCCGCCCCCCCCAGGACUACGUCCUCCGACCCCCGACCCCCACGGGCUCCCUCAGCGAGAGCGACAACGACGUUCAAGGCAAGCCUCAGACGGCGGCGGGCACCCCCUGUAGAAAGACCCCCCCGCCCGCCCUAAAGACAGACCCCCCGCCCCCCAAACCCCACCCCGCCGCCCUCAUGCACCUCCCCCUCCCGCCCCACCCGGCGCUAGAAGGCCGCCUCCCCCCGCUGCCUCCCCCUCCCCCGGCGGGCCCCGCGCCGCACGACGUCUCCCGCUGGCCCCGCACGUCCACGGACGACGAGGAGUUCCCCCGCACCCCGGGCCGGGACCCCCCGGGGGGCCGCGCCCGGGGCCCGCUCCAGUCGCAGAGCAGCGACGUGGUGCCGGUCACGCCCGGCGGCGACGCCCCGCUGACGGGCGGCAGCCUCCUGCUCAGCUCCCCCCACGUCCUCGGCAGCCCCUUCUCCUACCCCGCCCAGUCCCCCGUCCCGGGCUCGGGGAUCCCCCGCACGCCGGGCCGCGACCUCACCUUCACGCCGGUCUUCCCAGAGCCCGCCCCCCUCCACAGGAAGCCCUCGUCGGAGAGCCGGGACGAGCGGCCGCUCUUCAAGGAGCCGCCCUUCACGGCGCCGGCCCCCCUGCCGUCCACCCCGACGCCGCCGCCGCCGCCGCCGCCCGCCCUGUCCACCUCGGCGGAGGACUCGGCCGAGCUCUCGGAGGACCCGCCCCCGGCGGAGGUCCCCGCCACGCCCGACCUCCUGGCCUCCAGCAAGAGGAAGCUCGGCCGGCCCAAGAACAAGAAGUUCCCCUCGGAGCCGAUGCCGCCCGCCGAGUCGCCGGACCCCUCGGCCCUCCUGCCGGACCCCCACGCGAGGUCGCUGCUCCCCGACGCGGCGUUGCCCCCGAAGCGCCCCGAGGCGUCGGACCACCGCGGCCUGGACUUCCGGGAAGAGAAGACGGUCAAGGCGGAGGCGUGCCUCGACGACGACGACGGCUUCCCGCCCUACCGGCUGUCGUCGGUGCAGCCGGCGCGGCGGGCGCGGCGCCGCUGGGAGGAGCUGCUGCUGGACAGCCUGUCACCCGCCGCCACGCCCUCGCGGCCCUGCUUCGCGCUGCGCAGCGACUUCGAGGAGGUGACCAUCCUGUACGACAUCUGGAACGACGGCAUCGACGAGGAGGACAUCCGCCUGCUGCAGGUCACCUACGACAAGAUGCUGCAGCAGGACGACUGCAACGUCUGGCUGAACGACACGCUGUGGGUCAACCACCCUCCUACCAACGUGCCGGCGGUGAAGCGCAAGCGGCGCGACGACGGCAUGCGUGACCACUCCACCGGCUGCGCCCGCAGCGAGGGCUACUACAAGAUCGAGAGGAAGGACAAGAUCAAGUACCUGCAGAGCACGCGACUGCUGUCGGAGGAGCCCCCCGCCGACACCCAGGGGAUGAGCAUUCCUGCCCAGGUCCACGUGUCCACCAGAUCGGGCUCAGAGCGCCGCUCGGAACAGCGGCGCCUGCUCUCUUCGUUCGCUUGUGACAGCGACCUGCUCAAAUUCAACCAGCUUAAGUUCCGCAAGAAGAAGAUCCGGUUCUGUCGGUCGGGCAUCCACGACUGGGGUCUGUUUGCUCUGGAGCCCAUCGCCGCCGACGAGAUGGUCAUCGAAUACGUCGGCCAGAACAUCCGACAGGUGAUCGCGGACAUGCGGGAGAAGCGCUACGAGGAAGAGGGGAUCGGCAGCAGCUACAUGUUCCGCGUGGACCACGACACCAUCAUCGACGCCACCAAGUGCGGCAACUUCGCCCGCUUCAUCAACCACAGCUGCAACCCCAACUGCUACGCCAAGGUGAUCACGGUGGAGGCCCAGAAGAAGAUCGUCAUCUACUCGCGGCAGCCCAUCAACGUCAACGAGGAGAUCACCUACGACUACAAGUUCCCCAUAGAGGACGAGAAGAUCCCCUGUCUGUGUGGGGCGGAGAACUGCAGGGGAACCCUCAACUGAUCCCUCGCUGUCCAUUCUACCGACAAGGGCGUCUUGAGAAAGAAAAGAGAGAACCCAACCGAGAAGCACUGUCCCCCCCGUCCCCCCCCGUCCCCCCGUCCCCCCCCGUCCGUCCCCCACUAACCCGACACUCACACAGACUCCCCAUGCCAAAAGAAAAGAUUUUGUGGCUACGGAUCAGUUGUAUGUUUUUGACUCCCCAACACACGCGCGCACACACAUUUCCCUAAAGAUUGUUUACGAUUUCUGGUGCUACGGUACAGAAAAGAAAAUUGUUUGACUACUGCCACUGACUGAAAUAUUGGCCCGAGAUACUAGGCCUUGCUGGCACAUUCUUAAUGAACUCGGUAACGUGGUUAAGAGUCGAUUCAGCAGUCUCCCGAACCCGUAAGGCCCGUUUGUGUUUUCCGUACGUCUGAAUGUACUAUCACUUUAACUCACGUCAGCUUUACCACAUGUGGUACAUGUCCCACAGCACAUAGACUUAGCAUGGAGAGCUGCUUAGAAACGCGGUGUCACAGACAAACACGCACACACGCACGCUCUUAGGAAGAUCCCCCCCCAAAGCCUGAAGCCAGAGUCUCCCCAGAUUCAACCAGUGGCACCCUAGAUGGGGCUUGAAAGGAAAAGCUCAAACGUUGUACAACUGGCCCUCCACGUGAAGAAACCGUGCUGGUUUCUGGCUCUACCUCUUCUGAUGCACCCGUUUUCUGAAACUACACCACAACCUCCACAACAAAAGAAAAAAACAACCACAACCGCAUACAUUUUGUACGGGACGUUAGGCUAUCUCUCACGGUCACCAGCCAGUAUCGCUGCUUCCUUUUUGAGUUUAUGCAAAGGUAAGGAUUCUAGGUGCAAAACUAAAACCAACUCUGAUGGUAUUAACGAAUAUCCAGUGUUUUUUGAUUCUUCUGUACAUGUUUUAUGAUCUAGUUUUUGUUUUUUUCAAAGACGUGAUUGUUUAUUGUGUUGAGUGCAUGAUUGAGUGUUCACUUGUUGCCAGGUUACGGUUUGAGAGACUUAGGUUAAGUAUUUUCAUUUUGGAUUAAAAAAAAAGAAAGAGACUUGGGAGAACCCUGUAGGUUAUAGUGGCUGAAGGGUUCGAUUCUUCAGAAUCGGAGUCUCCAGUCUAAUUUAACACCCUACAUUGUGAGGAAAUAAUAUAUUUGUCACUUUUGAAAAAGAAAAUGGUGUAUGAAAAAAAGAAAAAAAAGCUGACGAAAUUACGUUAAGUGCCAUUUGAGUGUGUCUGUGUGUGUGUGUCUGUUUGUCGUCUCAGACAGCAAUGUUAAGUUGCAUGCACAAGUUAGUCGCCCAUUGUCACCAUUGUUAGUGGUGUUUGGCAUGAAGAGGUGUGUGUCUGUAUUCAUCUAUUGGUUUGUUCUUUCCUAAUGAGGUGUUAUGGAUGAUUGUCUCGAAAGUGAACCUGCUCCAUCUUGUAGUGCUUCCUCCAGCCCCUCUUAAAAACCCUACCUCUCGCUCCACCCCUCUAACAACUAGUCUCCUUUCCCAACCCCGAUAGCUCUUCCUCCACCCCACUUAGAACUACACCUCUUCUUCAAAACCUAGACCUCCUCUUCCUCCAUCCAUCUCACAACUUAACCCCUUUCUCUAGCCCCUAAUCCCUCUCCCCCCCCGCUUUACUACCAGUGUUUUGAUCAGUGUUUCCUCGGUCCGUCUGUCCUCUAACGUUGUUUCUUUAACAAUGCGUCACUAAGAAGGCGGAUCUUCUUCAUGGACGUCAAUGCACUAGAGGCUUGCACUUCAGCUUCCUGUUAUUUCUAGUCAAUCGGAUUCCUUUUUCGACCAAGUCAGUCAUUGCCCUCCAUCAGCUGGGAAGAUUCUAAGUUGUUUUUUUUGUGUUUUUCCCCCACAACACCGUUGAUGUUAAUAUUGUACAUGAACUAUUGUAUAGAUUUUGAUUUUCUUUUUUUUACUUCACAAAUGUAAUACUUUUAAUGAUGCAUUUUUUUGUUAAGUUUUUUUAGACAAAAGACUGAGUAUUUAAGAAGAUAUUUUCAGGGAUCUGUAAAAGGAAUCUGCCAAGUUUAACAAGGGUUAAAAGGUGGUUUAUUUAAACGAGAAAAAAGGUCCAUUACGUACUGAAAAUGUCUCCUACCUUUUUGAAAGAUUGUUUCUUGUGGAAACGUCUUCAUUUUUCUGCCCAUAUCCUUUGUAAUCUUAAAAAGUGUAAAUAUCUAAACUGUGAAUACUAUAUAUAUAUUUUUGUUUCUGGGGUUUGCUACACCGAACACGGCUCAUACAUGUAUGUAACUUAUGAGGUGAACAAAGGGCCGGUAGCAGUGAUUUCAGCUUGUGUCAAGCUUUGGUUUUUAAUUUUCAGUUGUAAAUUCUAUGAAACAUGUUUGCAGUGCGCAGAAAAAAAAUGGUGCAGAAUCAACAUGGGAAGGGGACAGAAUUUUCAGCCUGUUUCUCAUGUCUAUUUAUUAUACAAACAAAUGUAUGAAAAUGGAGAUCAUGGAAAAUAAAGGCAAUUUUGCAUACAAA